CAUUGUAACAGCAACGUUCCAAUAUCAACGGAGAGACCAGAACCAAAGAACCUGCCCCUCUUCAAUGGCGGAAGUCACCUACCCUCGAAGACGGUUCCUACGGGGAUGACCAACGGAUCGUCCUCAGGCGCAGAGCACCAUCCGAAGGACCCUUUGAACUGGACGUCAUGGGCCGAUUCCUUCAAAGGCAGUCACCUCGACGACGUUAAGCUUAUGGUACAGGAGUAUCGGCAGCCAAUCGUCCACCUGGACGGGAAAAAUUUGACCGUGGCCCAAGUAGCGGCCAUGGCGCGUGUCCAUGACGUGAGGGUAGAGCUCUCUGAUGCUGCACGGCCGGCUGUUCAACGCAGCAAAGAGUGGGUCAUGCAAGCCAUGAGCAAAGGCACGGAUUUGUAUGGGGUCACGACUGGAUUCGGGGCGACCUCGCAUAGGAGGACAAAUCAGGGAAACGCCCUCCAGAAAGAAGUCAUCAGGCAAAUGAACGCAGGUGUCCUCGGCGCGGCCGCGGGGUCAGGGUCACCCCACACACUCCCGCGAGAGGCCACGCGUGCAGCCAUCCUCGUCCGGACCAACACCCUUAUCCAAGGACACUCGGGCAUCAGGUUCGAGAUCCCAGAGGCCCUCGCCAAGCUCCUCAACGCGGACAUCAUCCCUCUCAUCCCAUUACGCGGAUCCAUCACGGCCUCCGGCGACCUGAUGCCGCUGUCGUACAUCGCCGGACUCCUCAUCGGCAGGCCCAACGCCAGGGCUCUCGGACCGAACGGGGAGACCCUCCGACCCCCUGAGGCCCUCCGUCGGGCCGGGAUCGAUGGACCCUUCGAGCUGGAACCCAAGGAAGGCCUGGCUCUCGUCAACGGGACGGCCGUCGGGGCUGGGCUCGCUUCGUUGGUCCUCUUCGAAGCGAAUGUUCUGGUUGUCUUGGCUGAGGUUCUAUCGGCCGUCUUCGUGGAAGUCAUGCACGGCAGGCCCGAGUUCGUUGAUCAUUUGACGCACAGACUGAAGCAUCACCCCGGGCAAAUCGAAGCCGCGGCCAUCAUGGAGCAUAUUCUGGAUGGUAGCUCCUACAUGCGCGUCGCGGAGAAACUGCACGCCGUGGAUUCGGACCAAAAGCAGAGGCAGGACAGGUACGCUCUGCGGACAUCGCCGCAGUGGCUGGGUCCCCAGAUCGAAGUGCUGAGAUCGUCGACAAAGAUGAUCGAGCGGGAGAUCAACUCCGCGAGCGACAAUCCGCUGAUCGACCUCGUCCGGGACAAGGCCUUGCACGGCGGCAACUUCCAGGGGACACCCGUCGGCGUGUCCAUGGACAACACUCGUCUCACCAUCGCUGCCAUCGGGAAACUCAUCUUCGCACAGUUCUCCGAGCUCGUCAACAACCAUUACAACAACGGCCUCCCCUCCAAUCUCUGCUCCGGGGUCAACCCCAGCUUAGACUACGGUCUCAAAGGAGCGGAGAUCGCGAUGGCCGCCUACUGCUCCGAGCUCCAGUUCCUGGGCAACCCCGUCACGACCCACGUCCAGAGCGCCGAGCAGCACAAUCAAGACGUCAAUUCCCUGGGGCUCAUCUCGGCAAGAAAAACCGACGAAGCUGUCGAAAUCCUGAAACUCAUGUCCUCGACGUUCAUCAUCGCCCUGUGCCAGGCCAUCGACCUGCGGCACUUGGAGGACAAUUUCAAAGACACCGUGAGGAAUACAAUCAGCCUGGUGGCCGAUAAAGUCUUAAACGACGAGGCAAAAGCGUGCGUAGACGAUCUCCUAAGUCAGGUCGAUCGUGAGUGCGUUUACACAUUCAUCGACGCACCCUGCAACCCGAACUACCCCUUGAUGCAGAGAUUGCGACAGUCAUUCAUGGAUCACGCUUUGAAAUGUGAUAAUGGGGAAAGUAGCGGGACUUCAAUUUUCGGGAAAUUCAGAGCUUUCGAGGAGGAGCUCAGGGUAGUUUUGUCGAGGGAGGUGGAAAAUACCUGGGUGAGUUUUAAAAAGAAACAGGCCAAGAUUCCUAAUAGGAUAGUAAAGUGUAGAUCCUUCCCGUUGUAUAAAUUCGCGAGGGAGGUUUUGGGGACGAGGUUUUUAAUCGCUGAGGAUGAUGUUGCUCCAGGGGAGGAUAUUGAAAAGGUUUUUAGCUCGUUACGCUCGGGGGAUAUAAUUGAUCCGCUCUUGGAAUGCUUAGCCGGGUGGAACGGUGAGCCAUUGCCUGUUUCUUAAAUUUGUUUUAAGUUUUUGUGUAUUUGGGAUGGAGUCGCAUGAAACCUCGAAUGGACCACCAGACAAAGUAAGAUUUUAAGCAAUC